AUGAACGGGAUUCAAGUGGACAUCAAUCGUUUGAAGAAGGGUGAAGUUAGUUUGGGUACCUCAAUUAUGGCCGUAACGUUUAAGGACGGUGUAAUACUAGGUGCUGAUUCACGUACCACCACUGGUGCGUACAUUGCUAACCGUGUGACUGAUAAAUUGACAAGAGUGCAUGACAAAAUUUGGUGUUGUAGAUCCGGUUCCGCAGCAGACACUCAAGCAAUCGCUGACAUUGUUCAAUACCAUUUGGAAUUAUAUACCUCUCAAUAUGGUCCCCCCUCCACGGAGACUGCUGCCUCUGUAUUUAAAGAGCUAUGCUAUGAAAAUAAAGAUAAUUUGACUGCCGGUAUAAUUGUGGCUGGGUAUGACGACAAGAAUAAAGGGGAAGUAUAUACUAUCCCAAUUGGUGGCUCCGUUCAUAAAUUACCUUAUGCGAUAGCAGGAUCCGGAUCUACCUUCAUAUAUGGGUACUGUGAUAAAAACUUUAGGGAAAACAUGUCAAAGGAAGAAACCGUAGAUUUCAUAAAGCAUUCGCUAUCGCAAGCUAUCAAGUGGGAUGGCUCUUCUGGUGGUGUUAUAAGAAUGGUUGUUUUGACAGCUGAUGGUGUAGAACGCUUGAUUUUCUACCCAGAUGAGUAUGAGCGACUAUAG